UUCUCUCAAACCAACAGUCGUUUCCUUCACAUCCACAGACGUGACAGUUCCUUCAGUCACAAUGAGAGGCUCGGUGGCGUUUUGCCUGGCUGUCAGCUUUGCCACGUUUGGAUUUGGCGUCUCGCUGCAGUGCUACUCCUGCCCUGAUGGAUCCUCCACCAGCUGCGAGGCCACUCAGGAGUGUAACCAGGAGGAGGACAGCUGCCUCAAACUCAAGAGCGGCGAACAAACCUACAGCAGCUGUAUCCAGCACACAGACUGUGACUUCAUGACUCUGGCCGUCAGAUAUUCCCUCCCUCAAUUUACCUUCAACUGCUGUCAGUCCAAACUCUGCAACAGCCACGGCAAAAGUUUCCUCAAGAAGGUAAAAGAGUUCUUCGGCUAGAUGACGAAUGUCAGAAAGAAGGAAUAGAAAGAAGCAGUUUCAAGUCCUGCGUUCAACCUUUAGUUGCUGUUUUGCUGCUUGUUACGAACUCAACAAAAGUGACUAAAUAAAC